GUCAAACUCAAGCGCUGCGUUGGCUACCACAGGAAACAAACACUCGCCGUGAGUCCGUGACACGAGAAGCCAUGCGCACACUCAGACUUUCAAGACUCUCAACCUCACUAGGACCUUCCUACAGAAAACAAAUCAACUCCACCGCAUAUAGCUUGAACACAUCACCACCGCAUACUGCACCUUUGUGUGACACGGCCCCAACAAACCCCUAAGAAGAAGGAACCAGGCGCACCUGCAGACGGGUGGUUUCAAUUUGCUUAUCUUGGUGCUGUAGACUGCCUGGAGAGCACCUGACGAGACGUUUGGUCUUGUGUUGCACUGUUAUGACUCUUGGUCAAAACGUGGCCUGAAAAUGUAGAACAAUACAAAUGAUGGUUAAUUGGUCUGUGCAGUUAGGUAUACCUGCUGUCGUUGGAUUAGUUAUUUAAGGGUUGCGUUAAUAUCUCAGAGAGGCAUCCAGGUUAGGUUAAUAUUCUUUGGGAUGGGUCUAAAGGAGAGCAAACCCCACUGUUAGGCUAGGUUAGAUAAGUAUCCCUUGGGGUGGGGGUCACUGAGGCUGUGUCACUGUGCCCUCUGGCUAAGAUUUCUGGAUAUGGGAGAUGAAAUUUUCUGAUAAGAUGAUUUUUUUAUAAAUCAUAUAUAUAUAUAUAUAUAUAUAUAUACCAAGGAAAACUCUUGGCACUGUCCUGAUAUAGUGGUCCCUCCAGCUGUCAUCAUUUCCUGGCUCCCCUUCGUGGCUCUCACUCAGUUGACAGGACAUGGGAAUGAAAAUAUGUUAGCGAAAACUAACCUAAUCUAGCUAUGGUGUAGGUCAGAAGGAUUCUGAGGAAGACCUAUUAGCAGUAUGUAACCUAGCCGUGCAGUUGGCUAGAAGGGUUCUGAGGAAGACCUUUCAGUGUUGUGUGUUGCCUUAACUAUGUGAUGUUUUGUCAAGUUGAAAUUGGGGUUAGUUUUGGUUAUCAUUUUCAUUCCCACAUUCCAUCAGUUGAGUGAAAGAGCCAUGAAGGGGGAGCCAGGACAUGAGGACAGCUGAAGGGACCUCUGUAUUAGGACAGUGCCAAAAUUCCAAGCUGUGUUAAUAUUUUAGGCUAUAUUUAUCACCAAAUUUUGCCAGUUUGCCUAUACCACCUCGGAUAGAGGGAUGUGGUGUAACUAAGAUUUUUACCACCCAAAAGUCUUGGAACUAGACAAUCAUUGUGGUACCAAAGUCUGAGAUGUGUUGUUCAAUAGAACUCACUCAUUGAUUUCACCAUUACAAAUAGUCUGUGAAACCAUAACAAUGUGCACAUUGUUUGUGUUGUGAACACUGUUGCAAAGAAAUAAUGAAAAUAGCAUCUAAUAAGUGUACACUGCCAUUGUAGCAUAAUGGAAGAAGCUAUAGAUUUAUAUAAGCAAUUGUGUAGAAAACAUAAUAUAGAACAACAAGAAUGUGUUCUAAAAGCAUUAACAGGUGGUCCAGUGCUGGAUUUGUCCAACCAGACUCUGGAUGUCGGUACGUGUGCUGUGGUGGGAAAAAUGUUGCAGAUCUCUUCAAAAUUUGAAGAGGUUAGUUUUGAAGAUUGUCUUCUGAAAGAGGAUGGCAUCAAGUCUGUUCUCCUUGGUCUGUGUGGCAAUUCCUCAGUGAAGAGAUUGGUCCUUAAAGGAAACUGCAUCCAAGGCAACAGCACAGAUGCUGUGACCAAGAUGCUUAAGCAUAAUUCAACAAUUGUCAGAUUGUCACUGGAAUGGAAUAACCUAGGAGUGCAUCCAGAGUCAUUUGCUUCUUUCUGUGGGGCUCUUGCCAAAAACUCAUGUCUGCAGUACUUGGACCUGAGAAGUAACCAGCUGAGUGGAGAGGCAGCAUCUGCUCUUGCUCAAGUUCUGAUGAGGAACUGCAGCUUAUUAUCUCUCGAUUUACGUUGGAACACUCUUGGAGUAGCAGGCGGUAAGACCUUGUUGGAAGGUUUGCGUAACAACAGAACUCUUACUCUACUGAACCUUAUUGGAAACAGUAUCACCAAUGACAUCAUCUCAACAGUUGAUAAUCAGAUUAGUAAAAACAAGCUUUUGUCUCUGAAAGAAAAAGAGUACAUAGGACAGACAACUUUGCUGAAGGAGCAGCUACAGAGGCAGGAACGUUACUCCACUCAGCAACUCAAGCAGUUAGAAGUUGAUCUAGCCCAAAGAGAUAAGGCACUGAACAAAACUAUACAGGAAGGGGAGUUUCAGACUGGAAAAUUGCAAGAGCAGCUUUCCAGCAAGUCAUUAGAAUUGGUGGCAUUAAAAACCAAAUAUGAAUUGAUCACCUCAGCUCUCCACUUGAGUCAGGAGAGAGUAUCACUUCUGGAAGAGAGGAAUUGUUCUCUAGAAGAAGAUCUAAAGUCUAGUCAGGAGUCAGCCACCUUAGAAAAGACUAAAUUGAAAGAAGCUUUGGAUUCUACACAGGCUCAACACAGUGAAGAGAUUCAUGCAUUGCACACCACUAUAACUCAACUGCAGACAAAGAUUGGUGAGCUGAAUGUAGAAUCUGAAAAGCAAAAGCAACAUAAUUUUGAUCUCAAAGAAGCCACAUGCUCCUUACAAGCAGAAAUUAAAGGUCUUAAAAUGGAGUGUGAUGCAAUGGUAUCUAAAGAACAAACAAAACACAAGGAAAUAAUGAGGAACAUUGAGAAGCAGCACUGUGCAGAAGUUCACCAAUUAAAGAUGGAUCACCAGCAGGUUGAGACAGAAAUGAGGGAGAAGCUUACUAAUAUUGAGACCUGGAAAGCUGAAGCUCAAGCUGAGGUAGCCAGUCUUCAGGUGCAACUUUCUACUGAAAGAAGUUCAUCUCAGGCUCAGCUGCUGUCUCUUAAAAAACAACUUAAAGCUGAACAUGCUGCAGUUGUUCGAGGACUGGAGGAGCAACUACAAGUGAUAGAGGAAAGUCGUGGUGAUGCAGAAGAGCGCCUCCGAAGUCAGGUGGCAGCAAAUUCAAUUCUUCGAGCCACCAACACCAAGCUCAAUUCUCAUAUACAUACACUUAAUAAUGAUAUCACUGAGCUGCAGGCAAAACUGGAGACCAAGGAAGGAGAAGUAAAAGUAGCUGAAAGACGUACUAGAGAAGAGUUUUCAGCUCAAAUUGAAGAGCUGCAACAAGAGUGUAAACAGAUUCCAAAACUGAACAGUAUCAUCUCAGAACAGAAAAGACUAAUAACUGACUUAGAACACGAGAAUGAACUUCACAAACGAGAAACAAAGCUGAAAAAAGAAGAACUGAAGAAGGUCCAUGAAGAUGAAGCACGGAGGGUUGCCAUGCUGCACUCUGCUUUCAUGUCAUACUUCAAUUCCUCUCCUGGAUCACCACCAAAGUCAAAUUGAAGUGGCAGAAGGAAACAUCAAGAAAUUACCAGUGGAAACCAACAUGUUAUCACAAGAGUUACAUGAGUACCACAAUAAACACUAACCUCACUGAAACUGAAGUGAGAGACAGGGCUUGUCCAUACGUCUAAGGGUGCAACAUGUAAGAAAGCUGGGAAGAAUUAUCUUCUUACAUUCCAGCUCAAUGCUGGGAUGAACUUGGUGGUGGGAUAAGUACAUAGUGGACCUGUUGUUUACAAAACUUGGAUUUUGUUUUUAAAUAUUCAGAAAAUAACUUUAAUUGCUCCAUAAACAUUGCUCUUGUAGUUUGUAAGGUCAUGGAUCUUGUAAACAGCUAAUUAGCAACUUUUCACAAUAUGUUAUAUGAUCUAAUACUUAAAAGCAAUACUAUGUGACAUUCACUGUAUCAGCAAUGGAAAUACUUAUGAUAAUCUUAUUACAUAUUGCAGUUGUGUAAUAUGUAAUGUGCCAUAUGUGACGUUCCAUAGAAUAGCCACAUCUCUUAUGAGGAUUAUCCUCCCAUAAUCCCAUAAUUAAUCUAUUAAUAUUGUUAACUUCAGAUCCUCUGUACUGUCAGACUUCUCUCCCUUCCACACCAUUAUCUCUUGAGGACACACUAAUUUGGUAUAAGUACAUCUGAUUGCAUACACUGCAGGGGCACUGAUGCAGGAGCCUCUUGUGACUUGCAUGAGGUACUGGUGUGUCCAAGUAUGGUAGUUUGAUAAAUACAAUACACAGCACCAGAUUUCAGAUGCAUAACCCAACCUUGAGAAGGUGUAUAAUCCCCUGAACACUGCACAGGAUGAAAAAGAAACAUUAUGCUUUAAAGAAAGGGAUUAAAAUGCUACAGAAAAGCCUCUAUAAAUGUUGUUAAAAUGGAAGUGUUAUGCCUGGUGCUGCAGACUUUUCUAAUUUUAUUUUUUGAAGUAUUAAUAAUUUGAAAUUAGGCAUCAUAUUUUACAAGUUUUCCCAGUCUUCCUGAUAAAACACUAAUGAAUCACAAUAGCUUGGAUUUAGUGCUAAGUUUCUCAUCAUACAAAACUUUGAUUUAAUUGUUCAUUUAUACCAAAUUUUUAAAUUUUAUAGUAGCUGACAUCUGCAUCUUGUGACCCUUAAAAUUAGCAACCAAAAAAAAGCUUAAUGGAAUAGGACAUGAAGGGAGAAGAGGCAGGCAUUUGUAUUACAUGAUGCCAUGUCUAUUUUUACAGCCAUGAAAUAAUGAUUGAAUUAUAUUCUAAUCUUCAAAGAAGCUCUGUGGUUGUAUUAUUCAUAUCAGUUAUUUGAAUUUGUACAUCUACAUUGUUGAUCAAAAAUGUACAUCUACAUUGUUGAUCAAAAAUAAAGAUCUUUAUCUUU